UGUCUCCACUUCCUGUGUCGUCAUCAACAUGCGACCAAACCUGGAGCGAGAAGUGGGAGAUUCGAAGUAGCAAAACAAGCAACAGUAAUUUCAUAUUUCAUUAAACAAAUGCCAUCUACGAUUAGUUAAAAACGAAAAAGGAAAACCACGACAUCGGAGUAAGCAUGGCGACCCCCAGUAAGACUCCGCCAGGUUCUGACCCCAAGCAGCUGGAGAGGACCGGGACGGUCCGGGAGAUCGGCUCUCAGGCGGUGUGGUCUCUGUCUUCCUGUAAACCAGGUUUUGGUGUGGACCAGCUGAGAGAUGAUAACUUGGAGACAUACUGGCAGUCUGAUGGAUCCCAGCCACACCUAGUCAACAUCCAGUUUAGGAGAAAGACCACAGUGAAGAUGUUGUGUAUGUAUGCAGACUACAAGUCAGACGAGAGCUACACCCCCAGUAAGAUCUCUGUCAGAGUAGGAAACAACUUCCACAACCUGCAGGAGAUCAGAACAACGCCUGGAACAUAGCGAAUGAUGUCACAACAGACGACGCCUGGAACAUAGUGAAUGAUGUCACAACAGACAACGCCUGGAACAUAGUGAAUGAUGUCACAACAGACGACGCCUGGAACAUAGUGAAUGAUGUCACAACAGACGACGCCUGGAACAUAGUGAAUGAUGUCACAACAGACAACACCGGGAACAUAGUGAAUGAUGUCACAACAGACAACACCGGGAACAUAGUGAAUGAUGUCACAGAAACUAGAUUUGGGACACAAAUAGGGUGUGUUUUUAGUAUAGCGUAUUUAGCCAAAUAAACAUUAAUAAACUAAAGUAACUGUUGUCAUUUUAUUUUCCUGCUGUACCAUAACCGAACCCUAAAACCGCGAUACGUACCAAACCAGGGAUCUGGUGAACACCCCGAGUUACUACAGAGAUGGCAUUUUUACUUGUAUCUCCUCCUUGCUCUUCCUCACUCUUCUUCCUCCUCACUCUUCUUCCUCUUCGCUCUUCUUCCUCCUCACUCCUCCUCCUUGCUCUUCCUCC